AUGGCAAACACAGAGAGGAAAUCAAAAAAACGUAACUUCACUCAAUGUGAAGUAGAAGUUAUCGUUGGCGAGGUGGAAAAGAGGAGAAAAAUGUUGUUUGGAGGGCACAGUGUGGGCAUUACUAAUGCCAAAAAGGCACUUGAGUGGCAAACGGUGGCAGACGCCGUAAAUGCUGUAGCCUCACAACCUCGGGCCGUGGCCGAAAUAAAAAAGAAAUGGUCGGACAUCAAAGUCGAGGCAAAAAAACGUCUAGCGCUCCAUCGCCAGAGUGUGUCUGCCACGGGUGGGGGAAAGGGGACACCGGAGCUGACCCCUCUUGAUGAGAGACUGGCGGCAAUUAUUGGGGAAUCCCUAUUAAGUGGAGUGGUGACUGAGGCGGAGGGGGACACUGACGCGCCAGAUGCACCGGGUGACACAGUUGCUGGGUGUUCCAGCAGGGCCAGUGGUUACGAUGCUGCAGCUGAGCAGCCGUCUGGACCCAGCGUCUCCACGGCACGCGGCUCUCAACCCUUCAGCAGUGGACGUGUCCUCACCGAUGCAGUCCUUGAAAUGCAGAGGGAAGUCAUUAGUUCAAUCAGAGAGGUGGCCAAGGAGUUGGGCAAAAUCAAGACUGCGCUGACUGAAAUAAACUGCACGAUGAGGGAAUUCUUGAAUAAAUAAUAUUUUCCACACCUUUUGUUGCUCUUUAC